AUGAGCGAACCCAAGCCGACCGCGGUCCCGCUCCCAAAAUCUGAGCAGUUCUACAUGAAUAACGAGCAGGGAUUGGAGAAGAAGAAAAAGCGCCCGUUUACAUAUAUUGUCGAUGGAAAUGCUCUAUUCUUGACUGCAACUGAGGCCGCCUGGCGUUGUGCUCCUGCGUCGCAUUUUGCUGGUGGGGUAUCACUGUUGCUAUCGGAUACCCAUUGA